AUGAAAAGCACUGUUCUAUCGCUGUUGGCCCUGACUGCCACUUGUGCCACUGCUGUCCCAGCUACGCGCCAUGCCUCCUCCAUCUUCACUGUUGCCAUGUCGUCCAACGACACCCGCCUCAACAACCUAAUCUUGCUCGAUGGGAAUCCUGCGCCGGAGGUCAAUGAGGAGGGGGACUUUGAACCCAAAUACAGUCAAAAUGCCUUCUUCAAUCCCUUCCAGAUUGAGGCCGGAUCCGGCCAUCUCACCACGAACUCCACAUUAGAUGGAGCGCUGCGUGCGGCCUAUGUUUACAACGCCAACCUCACCGGUAGAGUGUAUUUCAAUGACGUGAACGAUGUUUAUCGCAGGGACUCUGGUUCGGCUUAUUAUCCAACAUUCACUCUUACCCCCGACGGCUUCUUGAAACCGGAUGCGUCUUUGACUUGGGCCUUCUGCCCUUAUCCCGGUAGUGGUGAUGAUCCCGUAAUAGGAAGCGUUUACCUCGGAAAGCCUCCUGGAUGUACAGUUCUUCGGGGAUUAAAGACUGCUUCGUAUGAAGAAUAG